AUGUCUUUCAAUGUCUACAUGGUCGACUUCCUUGGUAUCUCACGAGGUAUCUUCGUUCAGACUGAUGAACAAGGAAGCGACAGCGGUCAUCUCUAUCAAGUAAUCGGCGACAUGCAAAACGGCAUGAUCCAUUCCCACAAAGAGAUCAAACGUCCGAACAAUGCCAGCAGAUUCAUCGGCACGGUAUCGGUAUCUCAAUACUCGCAAGUUCGCGCCAUCUGCGAUUCCAUCACUGCAGGACCACCGAAAAUUGAUCCCGCAAAUUCUCUUCGCCAUUAUCAAGAAUGGACCAAUAGUGUGGUAGAACUACUUUUUGCUAGGGGAGUCUUGCAAAGACCUAACCCUCUUUCGAUGUCUACACAAUUACAGAAUGCCUCGAGGAGAGUAGACCAAUGCUGCUCGCCAAUAUACGAUAACCGUAGCUUUGACUGGAUAAGCGCGAGUCGAUUACAGGCUCCUGGAAUGGCAAUGUGA